AUGUCCUUUUUGGUGGCUCACGUUGGCGCCGGAAACCACUCUCCGUCUUCGAACGAUCGAUAUAAAAAGCUACUCAAGUCGGCUCUUCGCACCAACUCAUUUGUCCAAUGCUGCUCCAUUAUCGAGAAGUCACCUCUAACUAACACCGGCUAUGGCUCUGCUCUUGACAGAUUUGGUGAUGCCUCCUGUGAUUGCACUGUGUUGACUUCAUCCGACCAAAAAUAUGAAUCACUUUCACUAAUUGGGAUCGAUGACAAGGAGUGCCCCACACUAGAGUCUCUCCACAUAAAGGACAAAAUCGAAGAGGAAUUUCAGAAUUCGAAAAGCCUUGGACUACUGAAGCCCUCAAUGUUAAACUAUCAGCAUAUUAGAGAUGUCUACGGAACAGAUGGAGGCUCGACAUUGAUUCUGCCUGCUGCAAAAUUGUUAUAUGACAAAUUCAAAAGCCUACCGGUUGCACCUCCACAGUCAGUGCAAGAUACCGUUGGAGUCAUUCACUUUGAGAGACACCUUUCACUAUCUACAUCCUCCGGUGGCACUUUCUUGAAGUUUCCGGGACGAGUCAGCUGUGCCGGCGUUUAUGGGGCUGGUUUGGCAGUAGCUGGAGAUGAAAGCAUUCGUAUCAGUUGCUUGUGUAGUGGUAAUGGCGACGAUAUCAUCAAGAUGAGAUUGGCUGGAUUUGUUGCAGACGUUCUCCUACGAUGUGCCCAAUCUGAUGAAUGGCAAGACUUCCUGGCAGUCAUGGUGCAGAGCAUUGUUAACCAUAGCGAAUCGACGCAAUUGUCAGGGCUCAGUGAUAAGCACGAAGCCAUUGUCUACGCUGGUGUCAUUGCAAUCGUUCAGCACGGGACACGAACGACUUUGGCUUUCUGCCACAGUACAGAGUCAUUUUACUUUGGUUUUAUCGAUAGUACUGGGAAUCGAGAAAUUGUCCUAAGCACCCAACCCGAUGAAUCUCGAGUUGGCCACUUCGUGGGCGGACAAUACAAACUUUGA